AUGAACUUUGGCCGCGGCCCCUCGGUGGUGUUGAACGUCGGGGGCACCCGGUACUCCUUCUCCCGGGAGGUGCUGAAGGAUUUCCCGCUGCGGCGGGUAAGCCGCCUGCACGGCUGCCUCUCGGAGCAGGACGUGCUGGAAGUGUGCGACGACUACGACCGGGAACGGAACGAGUACUUCUUCGACCGGCAUUCGGAGGCCUUCGGCUUCAUCAUGCUGUACGUCCGGCACGGCCACCUGCGCUUCGUGCCGCACAUGUGCGAGCUCUCCUUCUACAAUGAGAUGAUCUACUGGGGGCUGGAGGGCUCCCACCUCGACUACUGCUGCCAGCGCCGCCUCGACGACCGCAUGUCCGAGACGCGCACCUACUACGCGGCGGAGGACCCGCCGGGAGAGGCGGCUGCCGGCCCCGAGGGCAAGGGCCGGCGGCCGCCGGUAGCCGAGGGCGGGAAAUGGCUAGAGAGAAUGAGGAGGACUUUCGAGGAGCCCACGUCUUCCGUGGCCGCUCAGGUCCUGGCCACCGUCUCCAUCCUCUUCGUCAUCGUGUCCAUGGUGGUGCUGUGCGCCAGCACCCUGCCCGAGUGGCGGGCGCCGGAGAACCGCAGUGUGGAGGAGCAGAGCAGGUACACAGCAGAGUCAGUGAGGGAGCCCUCAGGGAUAAUUGAAGCUAUCUGCAUAGGCUGGUUUACUGCAGAGUGCAUUGUGAGGUUCAUCGUCUCCAAAAACAAGUGUGAGUUUGUCAGAAGACCACUCAACAUCAUUGAUUUACUGGCAAUUACUCCUUACUACAUCUCUGUUCUAAUGACAGUUUUAACGGGGGAAAAUUCGCAGCUUCAGAGGGCUGGAGUCACCUUGAGGGUCUUAAGAAUGAUGAGGAUUUUUUGGGUGAUUAAACUGGCUCGUCAUUUCAUUGGCCUUCAAACACUUGGUCUGACUCUGAAGCGUUGUUACAGAGAGAUGGUGAUGCUACUUGUCUUUAUCUGUGUUGCUAUGGCAAUUUUCAGUGCACUUUCUCAGCUUCUUGAAAAUGGGCUGGACUUGGGAACAAAGAAUAAGGAUUAUGCCAGCAUUCCUGCUGCUUGUUGGUGGGUGAUCAUCUCAAUGACCACAGUUGGUUAUGGGGACAUGUGUCCCAUCACUGUACCAGGAAGAAUUCUUGGAGGAAUUUGUGUGGUUAGUGGCAUUGUUUUACUAGCCUUGCCAAUCACAUUCAUUUAUCACAGCUUUGUGCAGUGUUAUCAUGAGCUCAAGUUCCGAUCCGCUAGGUACAGUAGAAGCCUCUCUGCUGAAUUCUUAAAUUGACCAAACUUCCAUUCUGUUGUAGUUACUUGCUAAGCUUUGUCUUAGAAGAGAAUGGUGGAAGGUCCCUUCGUGUGUCCUCCUUGACUGGAUGGUCCUAUGGAACAACAUUCUCGCCAGCCUGGAGAAAGCCCGUCACCAUUCAGACAGGAAGGAUGGCCAUCUGCCAUGGGUACCUUGCAGAGAGAGGGAGCAGUGUUUCAAAUUUGAGAGAACAAAAUUAACAAGAGGAUUCAGAAGUCCUCAACCAGACCAGUUUGGUCUUCAGUUAGCUUUUUCACACAAAAACAGAACAAAAAAUAGGCUUAACACAGAGAUGUGUCAUUCCCCUAAUCACAUCCUAUGCAUUCUAAGCAAUGUGUAGCAAGCAUUUUUCAAAGAUUUCAAUAUCUAAAUGCUCCACAGAGGCAUUAAUAACUUUUUGCCUGAAGUAUCUCCUGUUUUAACUCAGAUAACCACAUUAGAUACUGAAGAAGAAUCACUGCUACUUCUGAGCUUUGCAACAGAGUGCAGGUGGUUCUGUAACUCUGGAAGGAUGAAGAAUAUAGGUCUGUAGGGCAAAAAAAUAUCUCGACACCUGAUUCUGAUCUUUGAUGAAGCACACAAAUCUGUAAGACCAGUGAAGUCUGUGGCAUUAUCCUGAAUCUGAUAAUUCAAAUAAGUGCAAGAAGUGCACCUCAGUGUUUUAGCAAGGACUUCCUUGGCAACAAUUAAUUUCUUCUCUGGAACAAAAUCAUUAGAAGAAACAAGUGUACUUUAUAAAGAUAAGCAUAAAAAGACCCCAACAAAACAGGCAUUGAUUAAUAUGUUUUCUGUUAGAUUAGUUGGGGAGCUAUCAAAAUUUUACAUACAUUCAGUUCAGCUCCACCCACCUGAAGUUAUAUACACCUCAGUGUAGAUUUUUUCCCCCAUGUAAUUAAGUAUGUAUAUCACAGUGAAAGUUCUUCAAGACAAAUUAAAAGAUUCCAUCACUUGAAACAGUCUGGAGAAAGCACUGGAAAACAAGGGUAGCUGCUCCCUCUCAGAUGAGACUUUUGAUCAUCUUUAAAUUCUGCAAUCCUUACUGAAGGAUAGACUUCUUGUUAAUGGAAGCUGUGAAAACAGCUGUUAAAAGCCCAGAGCAUACCAGAGAAAGUAAAAUAUAGAAGUGUGAGUUGCACUUGGCAAAAUGGUAUAUUCUCCAAUGUAUCUAUAAAAUUAAAAUGAAUCAAGUUAGGUUCUGAAAUAGAGUUCACUACAUUUCUUGUGUAGUACUGCUUAAUAGCAUCGUUCAAUAUAACUCUGCUAUGUAGAAAUGUGCAGUUAGAUACUAAAACACAUUAAGGUACAGCUUGACAAAUCUGGGUACCAAUGAACAUCAACAGGGAGCUUUCUUAAUAAAAGGGAAGUUCAGAGCCAUCAGCAUAGUGGAGUUUGGUGUGCUUGCCUGAAAAUACCACAUUUACUAUUACUGUGCUGUAGAAGCAACUUUUAUAUACAUAUUUGUUAAAACCUUUAGAAGUAAAACAAGUAUCACCUAAAAAACACAUCUCUGGAAUGGCUCACUCCAAAAGAAAUACCACAUUGGUCUGUAACCAGUACAUUGAAGGCUUUAACCUGAGACCCGAAAAGUUAAUUAUUUGAAGUGGUCUUAGCCUUAAGUAGUCUUAAAUAAUUACAUUGCAAACACCAUUUUCCUGAAGGAUUGUAAAGAAUGUUAGUAGCCUUCUUAUAGACAAGCUUGACUUUUCCUUCAACAGUCUUUCAAGACUACAUUAUUAAGUAACAUUACAGCCAUACCUCUCUUUUAUUGCCACUGACACAUUCUGGUGUUCAGGUUAGCUCUGUAGUUACUUGUACCACUAUAUUUAUGGCUUUUAUAUCAGAAUCAUGUUGUUCAGAAACCGUAUCCAGCAUUCCACAGAGAGGUAGAUACGAGAUAAGCAAAAAUUUUUCUUAGGUGAGAUUCACAGCUGAUGUUAGUUAGACAACUUGUUACUUCAGAGACACUUAGAUGUUCUACACCAGCACAGAUGCUGGCUCUGUAUUCCUGCAUGUGUACCUAUAUAUAUCCUGCAUAUAUUUUAUAUUAUAGUCAGUCAAAAUGGGGUUUUUUCUCCUCACAAAAAAAAUUUCUCCUUGACAAAAUUGAAAUUUCAGACUUUAAUCCAAACACAACUUUUGAAAAAAAUGACAUUUUAAUCUAAUGAAAAGUUUAUUUUGACAGUAUCCAAACCAUUUUCCAGAAGAAAAUCACUCAUUUUUUUCUGUUCUGCUCCAUCUUUUUUCUCAUUAAGAAUAGGUAAAAAAACCCACUGAAGAACUUAGCCCUAUGGAUUUUUGUGCGCUGUUUUUAAUGCUUGGGAAAAAUACUGUUUUUCAUAGGAGUUCUCAAAACUUACUUUGUCUUUUGUCCGUGAACUGUAAUUAACCAAACCAAUACUCUGAGAUACAACCUUCCUCCCACAAAGCAUCCAAACAAUGAUCAUGAUGACAAUCCGUACAGAAUGCGAAUAUACUUUAAAGUAUGUUACAAUAUUGGUUUAAAGGCAAAAUAAAAUGCAUUUCAACACUACCUAUACAUCUAUUCUUUAGAUGCCCAUACAAAGUAAAAA